GUCUUCGCUACCAGCACCGUCUGCCGACGUCACUUCCGAACUGCUACGGUUGGCGAGUAGAGAUCUAGAUGAUAUAAAGAGUAGCAUCCCGAAUGAUGAUGUUGGGGAACCACCGCCUCGGAUAAAGAAGGACAACAAGCACAUAGUACGAGAGCUAGUACUAGAGGGUAGUGGCCGCAGCAAAACGCAGAACCAUGAC